AUGCAAGGCACAUUCUAUUAUCCUUCUGAAGAAGUUUCGACACACUACGAUCAAUACUAUCAAUUUGAAAGAUAUUCUCAAUUUCAAGAUUCACAAUUAUCACGCUAUGGUCAACAGAUCGAAUCAUCUCCUUCGCAUUUACCUUUAUGCUCAUGUUUUCAUGCUCCACAAUCGUUCGAAAUGCACUCUCAAGCUCCUGUUUCUUUAAGAUCGUCUUUUUUAGUACAAACAAAUUUAUCUAAUUCAUCACAAUAUGACUAUCAAAUGCUAAAUUACGCAAAUAAUCAGUUUACAAGUCCAAAUAUGCAAUUACCAUUUACACCUUUUCGUUCUCUUAAACGUCUUAAUUCUUCAUUAUUUGUAAAAAAAUCCGAUGGAACGACGACAAACAUAUUGAAUGAUGACGAUUCUUUAGGAGUUGAUGAUAAUUUAUCCGGAAGUAAAUCACGAUACUUUGACUCACAAGGGUUAUUUUCUCUCUUGGAAUCAUACAGACAACAUAUGUCUUUAAACUUUACAUCGGCAAAUACUAUUGUAGCAAAAACACGAAA